CACCACACAUUCCCUUUGGUAGGAAUCUAGGGGGUGGCCCGUUGCUCCGUAACUCUAUGGGCACCUAUAUUCAAGUAGAAACUACUAGUAUAGUUUUAGUAUUUGAAAUGCUAUCUGGACAGGUAUAAGAAUGGGAUUAUCUCUACCUGAGUCCAUCAGCUUUCCUGGUCUUGUUGCAUUGCUGAAACAUUCACAUGCAGAUGGAUAACGCAAGAAAGACACAGAGACAACGGGAACCAGACGUGGUACCCACUGCUAUCGUCACGCAGCAGCCCUUGCCGGAUGGAAUUGCCUUUUCGACAGCCCGGCAGCGAGUGUACUGGACGGCCAUGGGCACGUUGGGGGCCAACAAUGGGAGUAUCUGGUCGUGUCGGCCGGACGGAAGUGAUGUGCGUGCCGUGGUGCGAGUAGGUGAGGCCCAAUUGCACACGCCGAAGCAAAUAGUGGUGGACGACGUGCAUGGGCAGUUGUACUGGGCUGAUCGGGAGGGAAUGCGAAUCAUGCGAUGUUCUCUAGACAGGGAGAACAACGAGAGCCAUGAGAGCGGCAAGAAAGAGGAGGAGGAGGAGGAGGAGGAGUAUCCCAUCGAGACGCUGAUCCAAACGGGAGUCUGGCAAGACGAAACGCACUGCCAAGAUGCCACUCGCUGGUGUGUUGGCGUGGCCUUGUCGCUGCGCUACGGCAAGCUCUUCUGGACUCAAAAGGGUCCCCCGCGCGGCGUGACGGGAAAGGUGCUCUGUGCCGACCUGGCCUGUCCGGAACAGACUGUCGUGGUUCUAGCUGACCAGUUACCGGAGCCAAUUGACCUGCACUGGGACGAGAAACGAGAGAUCCUCUACUGGACUGAUCGCGGGGAACUGCCGUGGGGAAACUCGUUGAACGCCCUUGACCUGCACGACUGGCUGGCCGGUACCACCACCUCCUCCUCCUCCUCCUCCCCAUCGGUGUCUUCUUCCCUGCCUCCUCCUCGCCUGCUGUCUCGGAACUUUCACGAUCCUAUCGGGCUCUCUGUUGAUACCGCCGGCGAGUGGGUGUACGUGGCCGACCUUGGAGGCAGCCUCUAUCGCUGCCAUAUAACUUCGGGGGAGAAGGAGAAGCUAUAUCAGGAUGAGGGCUGUGCAUUUGCAGGCAUCACUCAUGCAGCAAUUGAAUAG